CAAAGCUUCAUGUUUCGUGUUUCGGUUUUGUGAAAGACAGAAUCUACGGAAGUUGGUUUGGUUUGAUAUUUUUCGAAGUAAGGCGAAUUAUUGUCCAGUUGAAUUCACUAAGAAGUCAUUUUUUUACUACAUUACUUCUUUUAAACAAAUUUGCGGGCAGUUGUGGAUUCUGUGAGAUACGAACGUGUACAGACGAGUGUUUUCAUUUCUGAUCGGCCGUUCUUUUGAUCACAUCGACGAAUUUCAAAUACGUACGCAUUGUUUACUGUUUAUCUGACCACUUGAUCUGAAUCAUCCACAGCGUUGAUGCGCCAACAUGGCGGUUGGAAGAGGGUUCUUCGAUCAGUACUCGGUCUUCUGCGUGUUCGGGUCUGUUGUCGGAUGUGUAGUCGUACCACUGAUCACACAGGUAAGGUACUGGAACAGGCGAUCAUGUUUAAUUACACUCUAGAGCAUUCCUUCCUCUUAACUUGAACCAAAAAUGUUGACCAUUGUUUCCCUUUGCUUUCAUAUAUCACAAGUGGGCCUCCCUGUUUCCUAAAAUAUGCUGUAUUUUUUUUCCUGUUAGUCUGUAGAGAGUGUUAUCUUUUCCGCCAUUGUCAUCAGCUUAACGGCAACUCAUCUCACUAAACGAGCCAGCAAGUCAGAAAAUUCGUCUCAGGUAGGCUGCCUAAACGCUGUCGUUAAAAUGAUCAUCCUUAUUAAUCCGUCCAGUUUCUAUAAAUUUUAUUCGAAUAUCCGUCCUCAAAGCAGUUCUUUCUAAUGCUUUUCGAAUUUAAUUUCGAUCGUUUUCGACGUUGGGUUAGGUCAAUACGAAGGAGGUGGACAGGCGAAACAGUCGUAAAUUAAAAGACCGCGAGCGUGAACAGCUACCCCACAUCAAAAAGAGGAAACCUGCUACACAGCAGAUGCAGGUAUGAAAAUAAAAAUGUCCAAUUCUCAGUGUAAUUGCGGCCUUGGGGUUGAUUAAACAUAUGCUUUAAGAUUCGGUUUACUUCGGGACAUACGAGCCGUUCACAUGUAGCUGCCAAGUUACUGCCAAUACGUUGCAAUAAUAAUUCAAUUAAAUUAAGUCGAUUCGUUUAACUAAAAGGGUUGUCUGUUUUCUUCCGUUGGUCAGGAGAUACAGAAUAUACAGCUUUUCCGCUCGAAAUUAUAAUAUCUUCAUAUCACUUAAGUGGUAUUACUUAUAUUUCCAUAUUUCAUCAUUUCAGAAGUAGGAAUGAAAAUCGAACAUCCUCGCAGUUCUUUUACCAUGUUUCUUGUUUGGUAUUUUAGAAUCUUUAUUGUAUCAAUGUGACCAUUGUGGCAAUAUAUUUGACCCUUUCCAUCAAACAGCGAACGUGUUACUGAGCGCUAUAAUAUAGAAGAGAUUACAGGUCUACUUUGUGUUUCAAUCGUUGAGCUAUCAAAACAAAUACUUUUUACCAGAAAUUUGCCUGUAUGGCGAAAAUUGUAUAUUUUUCUAGCUAGAGUUAAAUGUUGCCGCGUCUUGCAUUUUUUGCCUCAUUCUUGUGAACGUUCCUUACAUGGCCAUAUUCGCUUAGGAAGAUUAAAAUUCCUUCCCUGUUUGACAGCUGUAAGAUGAAACCUUCAAAUUAAUAUUCCACCUUAGGUCUUUGUCUAGCCAAAGUGUUCCAGGUGCCGAGUUAUUAAUAGUUUGUCUUCUUUCAGCAGAUUACUUCAAAGUCUUCAGAUAAUCGAAAAAAGAAACCGGAAGACCAGUUUAAACUUGAUUUGGCCAAACAGCUUGAGUUGGUGAGCUAAAGUUUCUUUUCUAAUCCAGUAUUUUUACAUGAUGACAUUUACCACAGAAUAUUUAGUGGUAUAGAAACAUAUUUUUGUUUGAAUUAAUGUCUGUUGUUCUUUUAUCAGUUGACUGCCUUUGAGGUAUUUGCAGAUAGUAUAGUGGACUAUUUGAUUUUAAGCAGUCCUUGAUUUUUGCUUUAAUCACUAGAUACUCUCACUGGUUUAGUACAAAUAUACAAAAAUAUGCUUUUCAUCUAAGCAUACUUUAAGUGUUAAGAAAAGAAUAGCUUUCCUUGCACAUUUUGUCCAAUUUGAAUACACAGUCACAUUAUACUCAGAAGUUGCUGCUUAGAUGUUUAAAACUGUUCAGUCAUCAUAAAUACAUUUACAUAGAAUCACAUAUUAGUAAUAUACACACUUCACCAUUAUUCAGAAAGAAUUGGGAUUUUGAAGUACAUGUAGUUUUAGAGCAUGUUAUAAAUACGCUUAGUAUUUGUUUCGAUAAGAAAUGGUUUUUUCUUCAUGAAAGUACAUCAUGCUCUGAAAUCGACAUGCACAAAGGGCAAGAAAAAAUCAAACAAGGUAGACUGACGUGCUGGGCAAUCAUUCGUGAAAUAGGUUCUUUAUAUGAUAAGCUGCACUCUCAAUUGAAGACAAAUUGAUGCAUUGGACUAGUAUUUUGGAAGUGGCCCCAGUUGUUAGAAAGGUUGGAUAAGAAUAUCCACUGGAUUAAUUUUGAUCCAGUAAAUAGAGCAGUACAUUUUGUUGACGCUUACAUACUGGAUAGCAAUUUAUCCAUUGAAUAGUAUUGUCAGUCUUUGAAUGACUAGGCCUGAAUAUGCAGAGAAGAAUGCAUGUGGAAUUUUAAUAACACUGACGGUCUGCAGGAGCAUCUAGGAUAGAUAUUCAUGUACAUGACACAGUUUAGGGGGUCUUGAUCAAAAAAAUUGAGGUAAUGUUGUGAUUUGCGUUUAAGUAAAAGUCAUAAAUAAAGUAAGUUUUUAUUACAUGUCUAGUAGUUGAGGAGCCUUUUUGAAAAUUACUUUGUGAUUCAAAUUUGCCAUUUAUUCUCUACCCUGAUUGAAAUUUAUACAUAUUUGUAUUAGUUUUCCUUCAAAUUCUCGUUUAAAAUCAUUCUGCAUGUGUGCAAUUUGUAGUGUUGUGAAAAGAUUUAUUGUGGAUGAUUGGGGACUCAUUCAAAAAUGACCCUAAAAAACUCUCUCUAACCCUCUUGAUCACAAUUAAUUGUAUGGAAUAUCUCUUUCCUUCUCUUUUACAAUCAUGGUAACAGUGGCACUCGUAAAAUAUUUGCCAACAGGAUAAGGGCUGUACCACAAAGGGGAAUUUGUUUUCACCUCUUAAUUUUUUUUUUUAACUCUGUUUUUUGUUAUAUUAACAAAGUUAGGGUUUUUAUGUGGUAUAAACCAAAACAAUCAUUUGCUUUAAUAUUUACCUCGCUGCUUUGGGGAUUAGGGUAAAUAUCCACCAUUUUUCACCUUCACUCAGGUGAAUAAUAUAAGUAUAGUUGCUGGGGUGAUUAUAGAAAUGCAUGCACUCUGAUUGGUAGAGGGUUGUGUUAUAUUUGGUGAUAAUCACCUUGCACAAAGUGAGUUCAGCAGGGGCUUUAAAUUUCCAAAUGAUUGUCUUGUGUUUGUCAAUGAUAUGAAGGACACAAUAAACAUGACAUAAGCACUAAAGAUGCUACUUAGUUUGGUGUGACACUUUUCAAAAGAAAGAUAUGAACUUUUUUCUAAUUGAGUCAAAUAAACUUGUCAAAAUCCUGCGGAAACUGCCUGCCUUGUUGUUAUGAGUAAUCAAAUGAUUCAAUGAUUCCAACAUCAACAUAAAUUUACAACAGAAUUCAUAUGCAUUUAAGCAAUUAUACCAAAACAAUUAUUGCCACAGGCUCAGUGAAAAUUGAUGAAUAAUCCCCUCAACUUCAUCUCAAGGAUUAUUCAACAAUUUUUACCUAGCCCGAGGCAAAUAAAUGCUAAUUAUAUGAAUGUACUAGAAGGGAAUAAAUAUCUAACUAUAAAAAAUAAAUUUUUAAAUAAAUAUAUGAACAAAAGUGUACAUCAACCACCAUUUUAUUGUGGCAGUUAAAAAAAGGUUUAUCAUGGGAAGUUUUGUUGUGUGUUAGUUUGCAUGAACUUUCUUGACAGUUCAAACAGCUCUCCAAGAUGCGCUUGUCUUGCUUACCAGGGUGACUAGACAACCACAAGGGGUGGAAGUUGAAGUGAUACAAACAUUUUCAAAAGGUGUCACUCUUCAUGGUUAUUUGUGAUAAAAAUGUGACUCAUUUUCUUUGGUGGAGUUUUUAGCCAUUUCAUAACAAGAUCUGAUUAGUAAUCUCCUUUCUAUCUGCCAUACAAUUCUUAUGAUGUUAGUUUGGAGAAUUUGGUAUUGGAUCAACAGAUCAUCUCCUAAUCGAUACUUUUCUUUAUUCUCAUUGCUUGAUAUUGUAUUGAUAUUGUAAGGAGAAAUUCAGACUUGGUCACUCAUGGGAAUUAAAGGAUUAAGCCUGAAGAUUACGUGCAAAACUUCAGAAAUGCAUACCAGUUAUACUGCUUACUCCAAAGACAAUAGAUGUGAUCAGGGCUUUAGGAUGUCAUAUAAUAUCACACAUGGUUCUUUUCCUGGCAACCAAAAUGUUAUUUUUGGCAACCAUAUUUGGAACUAAGGCUGCUAAAUUGCAAUUAUGAAAAUUGAGCUUUAAUCAUGUACACACUAGAAUUUCAUGUUAAACUUCACCAAUUUUCUCCGAAGGAGUGACCAACAAGGAAAUUCUUUUUAUAGCAUGCUCCGUGUAGUUUCAAAUAAAAAGAUUUGAGAAGAAAGCAAAGAAAUUCAUAUAAAGGAUAUAAUUUCGAUUAAUGCCAAUGUUAGAGGUGAUAGUAUAAGAAAUGUAUAGCCCUUGUUACUGUUAAUAAUGAUAAAUAAGUCCUGGGAGUGAGAGGCCCAUUCCUAUCCAUUAUUCUUCAAACUAAAGAUUUUAGAUAUUUUCCAAGUCAGUACUUGUGAAAUCACCAAAUUCAUGUUUUAAAUAACCUAUUGCCCCCAUUGCUUUAAUCCUUUUGGAACAAAUAGCCAAAUUCACUGCUGUGGCAUAAGAGCUGCCAGUAAUAAUCUAAUGCCUUCAUGUCUAACCAAUCUCAAGCAAUUUACAUAUCUCUACCAAGGUCCUAAGAUUUGGAACUCACUUCCUGUAUCAAUCACUCGUUCAUCAAGUCUACAUAGCUUCAAUACCAAAAUGUGACAGUUUUUACCGAAAUAAUUGCCAAGCUGGCCAAGCUGCAUAUUCACAACACUUUUUAGUUAGUUAUUUAUUUAUUUAUUUAUUUAAUACACUGUUGGAGGUUAAAUGGCCUCUCCCAAAAGUGGGGUGGGUUCUGGAGGUCUCCUGACCUUUUGAUGCAUAUUAUUAUUAUUGCCGUGUAUUAAAAUGGCAACUAUGUAAAUUUUGAAGAUAAGGAGAUGUGAUCAGCCUUUGGAAUAGAGUGAGUGAGAAUAUGAAUCUGUUCAUAGGAACGAAAACAAGAAGAAAAGAAAGAAAAGAAGGUCAAGAAAAAGGAAGAACGUUUAAAGAGAAAGGAACAUGAAAGGGAAGAGAAGGAGGUAAAAACUAUUUCAAUGGUUAACAAUGCAUAGCUGAUUACAUCUAGGUACAUGUGCAUCUGUUUUCUCUGCUGUUAACCCUUUAACUCCCAGAUCAAAUUUGUAAUUCUCCUUACUGUCAACCAUACAAUUAUUAUAAUGUUAGUUCAGAGAAUUUAGUAUUGAAUCAACUGAUUAUCUCCAGGCUGAUAUUUUUCUUUAUUCUCAUAAGUUAUCUGGUUGAUAUUGCAUUGAUAUUGUAAGGAGAAAUUCUAUCUUGGUUACUCAUGGCAGUCAAGGGGUUAAAACAAGAUGGGUGGAGGAAUUGUAUUUUCUUUUGCCUGCCUUCUCUGAUUUCUUCUCUGGUAUUUGUGCAAAUCAGUAUGCAUACCACAGUUUCUACACAGUGGAAUUUUUAUAGAACAAGUUCUUUUGGUCUUUUGCUGAUGGACGUGUACACACGGUACCCUUAUAUAUUGUUUGUGAUAUGUGUUUUGAACUAAAAGAUCUGGCAUAUUAAAGGUAGGAACAGACUCAACAGCCAGCUGUAGCACCAUGUCUUGGCAAUUAUAACCUUUCUGUGCAGCUUGGCCAAUUCAAUAAUAAAGACAAAGUCACACCAGUUCAAAUUUGUACAACUUAUCACAGUUGUUAAUUUGGGACAUGUACAGAUUUUCAGAACAAUUCUCCAUGUCAUUUGAGACUACAGCAGCCUCUUGUCCCAUGAUAGACUGUGAACAAACUGCAUUUGACUCAACAAAGCAAAAAUUCUGGCAUGAAACUGCAUAAUGUUUCAAAGAGGGCUCAAUUUUUAAUAUCCAAAUGGUUUAAAUCGGAAUUAUCUGCAAAAUCUGUUGUUGUUUCUUGUCUUUUUUUGUUGAAAGACCAUUUUUAAAGGGAAUGUUGACCAUGCAAGUGACAACAAGAGAAAACAUCAUUUUUUUUCCUUUUUCUUUUUUUUUUAUUUCAUUGGCCAACUCUGAGAGUUUCUUAAAAACAAGUGUUUUGUGCUUCACUUUGUUUACCAGAAAGAAGAACAAAAACUGAAGAUUUAUAAAGAACAGAGGCAAAGAGAGAUGAAAGAGAACCUCAAGCAAGGAGAUAAGGUUAGCAGAAGUUAGUCAAAUUGCUAAUGUUAUGUGGUGUGGAGAUGGUUUUCGAAGAGGGUUGGUGACUUUCAACAUUUCGUCAGGUUUCCCUGACAAUUAGCCGGCACUAAUUAAUUCCCUUGGUCUGUGACGGUGAACCAAGAACAUCAUUCAACACAGUCCUGGUUGAUGCAAAAAUUAAACCAGAGCCUUGUGCGUGAGUCCAGUGCAGGUGCCAGUAGGUUACUGCGUGUUUGAAAGCAAACAAGCAAACAGCAGGAGAGCUUCCUUGUGCCAUCAUGUUUGAUGGUUUGUUUGUCAGCCGCUUGUGGAAAAAAAAGUCAACCAGCUAAAAUUGGCUAGCCAAGAGAGUCCAUUCUCUAGCAUGUCAGAGAUGUCAUGUGGUUUGCUUGGAUCGUGUGAUCAAGUGUUAAAGCGGGAAAAUGUGCUAACGACGAAUCUUUUGAUUGGUUGAGCGGAAUGUGUUUCUUAACGUACGUAAAUUCUUUUUGGGUGAUGAUACACUACACUACAUAGAAGGGUUGUUUUGUUAAUAUCUUGAAUUUAUAUUUUCUUCCUACACAGAACACGCAUCCACCUCUCCAAAGAGUAGAUUCUGGAAAGACAAGAUUUAGCACUGUAAAACUUGCAAGAAAGCUUGAAUCCUCAACUAUUCCUAAAUCACCUCCCAAAGUACCUGCUUCCCCAGUAUUGGCUACACAUGCGCAGUUCCUCUCAAGACAGCGUUCGCAAUCCGAAGGAAGUGAAGGCGAACCUUCUACUCCACCCCCGUCAGUAUGGAAAGUACCGGAAUAUGUCGAGCCCAAGUGGAACCCUGGGAAACCCGAAUCAAAAACGGACUUGAAAAAGACUCUGUUAAAUAAUGAUAUUGUUUGUGCUAAAGUUAAGCUUGAGCCGCCAUUUAACCAGCUACAUAAUCCUGUUUACAACAGCCAGUCGUUUAAAAAGAAUCAAUUUAUGAAUCAAAACCCCGAGAAAAGCUUAGCGCCUUGCGAGACGAAAUCAAGUUCGCCUCCUGCCAAGGUCCUGGAAAAGCCAGAUAACCGAUUCAACACGUAUUCCAGUUUUUCCGGUCUAGAUCUGCUAUCUCAGUUGAAAGAGGAGGGUAAACUUAAUUCAGACACCGAUGUGAGAUCCUACUCCUUAUUUGGUCCAGACGAACCGAACAGCGCCAUAUUCCGGUCCCCGCUGACUGGCCAUUAAGAACAAAUAAUGCAUCUUUUAUUUUCUUUGAAAUGGGAGUGUAUUAAAACAGUAUUUGCAAAGAUAUUAACUAUAUAUUAAGUGCC